CACUCAGGCAUGGUUUCAGCCGUUUACUUGUUCAUACCCAAUAUCAUCGGGUACAUUCGAAUCUUGCUAGUCGGAUCCGCGUUCCUCUCCGCAAACGCGCACCCCUGGCGGUUCUUGACGCUGUACGGACUCGGACAGCUCCUAGACUCCAUAGACGGAUACGCCGCGCGAAGCCUCGGACAAGUCAGCAAGUUCGGCGCCAUGCUAGACAUGGUCAUUGAUCGCGUCUCGACGGCCUGUCUGUUGGUCGUUCUGUCUGUCCUUUACCCCAGCUUCUCUAUUAUUUUUAUACUCUUUCUCGCUCUCGAUAUCGCGUCGCAUUACGCGCAGCUCUUCUCGACCUUUUCGAGACGCCUGUCGUCGCACAAAGACCCCAGCGGCUUGAACAAUCCCCUGCUUCGCUACUACUACGAAAAGAAGUACAUUCUGUUCUUCUUCUGCUUCGGCCAAGAGGCAACCCUCUUGAUGCUGUACCUCAUGGGCAUGCAGGCCUUCGCGGCAGACGCCACCUGGAGCACCGUCGCCCUCUUCGCCCUCGCGCCCCCCUUCUUGGCAAAGCAGCUGAUAAACGCGAUACAACUGUCUGAGGCCGCCCGACGUGUCGCCAACUCGGACGCCCCGGCAACGAAGGCGCGGCGGUAG